AGCACCCCCACGACACCCCCCCAGCCCCCAAAACCUCUUUGUUCUCUUCUCCGUCCUCCCCGCCGCCGCCUCCCCGUCCGCGGCGUGGUGGAGAUUUCGAGGGCGCCGGACAUGGCUUUCAGAGCACAGGAGAUCUACAAAAAGAUCGUUCGGAAGGUGGGAAAGGAUUCGGUACCGGCGGAGAUGCUGGAGUCGGUGAGGAAGUGCCUCCCCAACAACAAGCUCGUCAUGGGGAGGGCCAAGCGCGGCAUCUACGCUGGCCGCCACAUCCAGUUCGGGAACAAGGUCAGCGAGGACGGCGGCAACAAGUCAAGACGGACAUGGAAACCUAAUGUACAAACAAGGCGCCUGUUCAGUUAUAUCCAUGACCGACACAUCCGGGUCAAGGUUACAACACAUGCUCUCAGGUGCAUUGACAAAGCUGGUGGCAUAGAUGAGUACCUUCUGAAGACACCCUACCAUAAAAUGGAGACAGAGAUGGGUUUGUUUUGGAAGACCAAGGUCGAGAAAAUGUAUGAGCAGCUUGGGAAUAUGGAAGUGGGUUUCUUCUCUCCUGAAGAGGAAGCCAAGAUUGAAAAGGGCUUUGAAGAGCUCAAGAUUGCCAAGAGGGAGGCUCGAAGGGAAGCAAGAAGAACUCUGGCAAAGCAAAGGCAGAUAGAAGAAGGAAGAGCCAAUGCUGAUGAGACAAUAGAACCAGAGCAGAUUGAGGGAAGAAUGACCGAUGAUGUGGCGGAAGCUGGGCAAGAGACUCCUAAACUGUCAUGAUUGCAGAAUAGACUUGAAGAUGGAAAGCAGGUCAUGAGGAGAGGAUCAAUGAAUGCCAUCACAAGCAGAGGGGCCUGACCAAGGAAGAUGUUUUUUUUAUUAACCAAAUGGCUUAAGUAGUUCCAGUCUUUUAACUGCAUGGAAGGAUGUUUUUGAUCUGUUGUUUGUAACUGGGCAUGAUGUUUGGCCCAUAAGUUUUGAAUUAAUACCAUGCAUAUUGGAACUGUUAGUUGCAUACCAGAUUGAUAAAUUGUACAGCUUUUUCUUUGUUUAGGUGAAUGACGUUUCAUGGUUCAUGCAAGUUUAGCCAUCAUAAUUUACAUUUAGUUAAUUUCGUUUAUUGGGGAA